AAAUCUGACUGUGUACAAGUUGUUUACCAUGGAUGUACACUUUGAGUGGGUGUAAUUUGAGGUGAACUUGAAUAGGUCAAGGUGUAUAUGAGUGGGAUCCUAUUGCUGCUGCAGCUCCAGUUACAGCAAAUAUUUCUUAUCCAGCAUUUUCAUGACUUAUUCAUUGCAUAGCAUCUUCCAGAUGGCAGAUAUAGAUGCUGUUUACAUCAAGGCAAUUGGUUGUCUCAAUUCUCAUUGACUUGUGAGAUCAGUUUGGAAAGAAGCUUGCUGCCGCGGCUGUAGGGCCGACCGUGCCGAUGGCGGCCACCGACUCCCAGCCGGCGGCGGGAGACGAUGACGAGUUUCAGGAUGCCGUGGAGGAACAGGCAGUGUUUACGCUGCCGGAGCACCACGGUCCGAUGACGCUGGAGCGGUCUCUGGACGAGUGCCGUCUGGCCGUCCGCUACUUCUUCAACAACCAGUUUGACGAGGCGCGAGAGAUAAUGCGGCCAUGGCGCGACUCAAGUAUGUACCACGCCAUGGGCUACGGCACGAUGCUCUAUCUGCAGGCCAUCAUGACGUUCGACCCGAGGGAUAUCGAGGUAGCCGUGGACGUCCUCCGCUCCAGCGUCGAGGUCUGCAACCGCUUCCGUCGAAAGAGCACCCUCGGGGAGACGGUCAGCAAGAUCGUCAAGAAGCCCGACUACGGCCUCUACACGGAAGAGGAGGCGCAUGCCGAGCUCUGCUACGCAAAGUGCCUACUUCUGCGAGCCGUGCUCAACUUCGUGGAAGAUGAAACGCUCAUCAGCCUGGUGAAGGGUGGACUGAAGGUCAAAACGUGCUACACCUGCUACAGGGACUGCUGGCAGAUGCUGAAACACAGGGACUGGACGGGAUCCAAGACGAAACAGCACUUUGAGGGCGGAGUGCGACUGGGCGUCGGCACUUUCAACCUGAUGAUCUCACAGCUUCCGGCGAAAAUUCUGAAGCUUCUGGAGUUCGUGGGUUUCACUGGAAACAAGGACAUUGGACUGCGGGAGCUGGAGACGGGAUUUUCGCUGACUGAGAGCAUCCACCGCUCUCUGUGCAGUCUGGUGCUGCUGGGGUACCACCUGGUCGCCACCUACUUCAUGAGCAACUCGGAGGGAGACCUAGUGGCCUCCGAGCGCAUUCUCUCCGAACAGCUAGUCACAUACCCGAACGGUGCGUUUUUCCUGUUUUUCGCCGGCCGCCUGGAACUGGUGCGCGGUCACUUCGAGCGCAGUGCGCAGCUGUACCGGGAGAGCUGGCAGAGUCAGCGCUGCUGGACACAGUUCCAUCACGUCUGCUUCUGGGAGCUCUUCUGGAACAAUGUGUUCCUGUCACAGUGGGAAGAGGCCGCCGAGUUCGCCGGUCUGCUGCUGCGCGAGUCGCGCUGGUCGCGCACCAUCUACAGCUACCUGCGCGCCGCUUCGCUGCUGAUGCUGGCCGAACAGUCCCCGGGAGAAGACUCCCAGCGCCAGGAGAUCAACACCCUCAUGAACACGCUGCCUGACUUCAAGCAGCGCAUCGCCGGGAAGUCGGUGCCGGCAGAGAAGUUUGUUAUCAGGAAGUCCCGCCGUUACCUGGCGCAGGGCGGCCGCCUGCUGAUGCCCGGCUAUGAGCUGCUCUACCUGUGGAACGGGUUUAAAAUUCUGCGCAAACGGCGCCACCUGGUAGAGGAUGUGUUCUCUGAGGUCGAACACGAGCUGGCGGCGCUCGAUAACAAGGCCGCAGCGUCGGAGUUCGCCGCGGACGAGCGCGCGCUGCUGCUACUGCUGCGCGGAGUCUGCCUGGUGCACCUCAGCAGUCCGCUGCAGGCAGAGGAGGCACUGCUGGCCGUCACGCGGCUGCAGUCGCAGCUGCGUGACGACCACUACCUGGUACCGUUCGCCUGGCUCGAGCUCGGAUUGCUGGCGCUUCAGGCCGGCCGCACGGAGGACGCCGUCAAGAUACUGGAACACGCCAAGUCCGGCUACAAGGGCUACAACAUGAUCAACCGGCUGCACUUCCGCGUGCACGCCGCCAUGGGUGCCAUAGCCGCGAGCAAGAGCGGUUCGGCCACGCCCGACCCGCUGACGGCUCCCGACGAGAACGGCUGUGAUGACGCCGCCGCCGGCACCGAUGACGACCUCUGAUGACGGCGCGGCCCACUCGGUGACGUAGACGGAUUGUAGUAGUACUUAUUUGUAGUACUUAUUGCAGGGGUCAGGAGGCCGGGUACGAUGCUGCGGCACGGAAGGGGACGCGGAGCUAGUUAAGUAGUUGGCGGUGCCAUGACGGUACAGAAGGCGUCUAGACAGAGGUUAUAGAGGAGACUGUUGUUUCCUGUUGUUGCGCUUCUAGAGAAUGCUAGAAGUAUGCCAGUGGGGACUGGGUCCCGUCAAAACUUCUAUUUAAGUGUGAUGUGUGAUCUGUUUGGUGUGAUGAAAGUGGGGUUUUGAUGUGAUGUGUUCAGAACACACGGCCUUUGGCGGAGGUAUGCUUCAUUUCUGCUGGGCUCUAAAAGUCCACAUCAUUAAUAGUUUUUCAUAAUUUUCGAAACAUUACGAAUCUCUUACGUUAGCUUGGCUACUUUGUAUCUCGUAUUCUUUUCCAAUGCAAUUGCUGAGCGGGUCGACUUAAAAAGUCCAUUCCGCGGGUUUCGGCUUUUCGAGGCGAGAGUUAUGACUUAUGAGUACCUGUUGCUGUGUUACAUGGCCGGCCGGCCGUAGAGGUCUGGCGAGACUUUGAGUAGGGAGGCAACAUAACCGAUGGUAGCCAAACCGAGUAAGACUUCGAACAAAUAGCGAAGGCUUAAUCUACUCUAGAACAAAACAAUCUAAUUAUUUUUAAUCAGAGACACUCUAGCGAGGUGUCUCUGACACUCUACCGAUACAUGUUUGUACCGGUAUCAGCCAAAGUGGCCGGCAUUCGGCAAAUAAGAUUUAAGGAAAUUUUUGUUCCAUUCAUAGGCACUGUUGACCAGGGUUUCCUGGUCUUCCGUCGGACUGAAAGAAGUAGACUUUGAGGUCAUAAUGGACAUAUAACGACCUAAUUAGUACGGCCUAAUUACCGUUUGAUCGCGGACUGAGUGUGCUGGUGGGGAGCGGAGUGCCUGUGAUGAGAGUUACAGCAGUGAUAGCUGGGUAACAGGGAGUCCAUCCAUACCGAGGGACGGGUAUUGGCUGCCAUUGUUACGCCCUUGUUAGUCAUUGGCGCGUAGGGGCUGGAGAGCGUUUACUAACUAGAUGGAAACGUGUGUCAUAUUUAAGCAACGAGCGAUGCAAACGGCGUUUGAAGGAGUUGAAAUGCAGUGUAAACGGCUGAGGCGUUAUUCAUAGCCUCCCAUGUAAGGGUUCAUAAUAUUUUAUUCGAACGAUUAUCUCGGGCGUUGCGGAUGCAUGUUCCUAAAAUUGCCUUCUUCCCUGAAACUAUAGCAAAGUGUAUUAAUUAAUCGCAACUGCUCGUGUUCCUUUGCUAGCAUUAUGUGAAGAUGCUGCUUUGCAUAAUCCUCCGCAGCGUACCCCGUGCCAGCUCACGUAACAUCGACUGUUCUUGUUAACAAGAGACCCGAUUUCUGUGCCGAAUGUCGCCUGCUAUUCUGAUAAUAUGUGGUUCGUUUAGUCGCGGUCGUAUACGUCUAUGCAAUGCUGUCGCCGCCGCUGUAAUUGUAUCUGUUGUACUUCCAGCCGCACUAGUUUUCUGUCCUCUGUCGGUCGCGAUGCCCGAACGAAUGAUAUUACUGGUAGGUAAUAUGUGUUAUGUCUGCCUGCUCCCCGCCUAUCCCACCGGACCUACCGAUCCUAUUUCGGUGGGUGAAUCCGUCAGAGGGCACUGCUAGCUCUCCAGGCCUCAGGGGUUUCCCUUGGCAAACUCCCCCUCCCGGUCCCGCGGCGGGAUUCUCCCAGUUCCCUGUUAGUGAUGCGCAUGACAGCGAUGUUUGGGGUAAAGUGGACAGACCGGGUGCGUAGGAGUGUGUUAGGGCGCCGGUAGUGAGGCUCGCUGUCCACCGCCGGCCUGUCAUGGCCCCAGACUGUGUGCUCUGCGUCACAAGGUGCAAUACAACUACCGUGAUCGG